CCUCUGUGUAUUGUCGGAGUUUGAAACACCUCUGACCUCUGAACUCCCAAAAAUGCAUGGUCUUGUUGCAUACGACGAUGACUCCCAGAGUGACUCGGAAGACAAAAUUAUGUCUACAGUGAAUAAACAUGUGAGAUUCUUUGUCGUCGCCCUUCUCCAUAUCCGUUUCCCUCUUUGCUGGCUACCGUUUCUGUCUUGGUCAGGAUGUAUCACUGAAGACAAACGUUAACAAUUCAGACCGUAAGUGUUCUCUGAACUGUACGU